AUGACAUCCAGAUACUCUCGUGAUGCGGGCCCGAAUUUCAACAAUGGCAUCAAGAAUGUAGCGCUCGUUGGAACCACUGGACAGCUGGGCAAGGUCUUCGUCGAGCACAUCCUCAAGACCGGAAAGCACAACCUAACCGCGAUCACUCGUGCUGGAAGCAACACUAACGUUCCCGAGGGCGCGAAAGUUGCCGCGGUCGACUACAACGACGAAAGUUCGCUCGUUGCAGCCUUGACAGGCCAAGAUUUUUUGGUCAUCACUCUGGCCUUGACUGCACCUCCGGACACACAUAGCAAGCUGGUCAGAGCGGCCGCCAAAGCAGGCGUACCGUAUAUCAUGCCCAACGCCUAUGGCAUCGACUUCUAUGGCAAGCCGACGCUCCUCGAAGACAUCCCGGCGCUGCAGUCCAUACUAUCAAACGUGAAAGAGGUCGAAGAAGUCGGCGCGCAGUGGAUCGGGUUGACUCCGAGCUUCUGGUUCGAGUACAGUCUUGGUGUCGGACCAUUCACAUACGGGUUCGACUUCCCGAACAAGAGCGUGACCUUCUUCGACGACGGGAAGACGAAGGUCAACACGACGACAUGGCCACAAAGGGUUCCGGACGAUGAGAGUGACCAGUCGGUCACCCUGGCACAAUUCGUGAACAAGCCGGUGUACAUCUCGAGCUUCCGUCUCAAUCAACGAGAGAUGCUCAACAGCGUCAAUGCCUUCAUGAAGAAGACUGACGACGACUGGAAGAUCUCGUAUCAGCCGGCUGGGAAGCGUUCUAAGGAGGGUUGGGAAGAGCUUGCGAAGGGCGAUGGCCGCGGGUUCCUGAAGGGCAUGUACUCUCGCGUGUUCCAGAGCCCGAGCGAUGGAGUCUACGAGACUCAUAAUGACCUUCUUGGUCUGCCAAAGGAGGACCUUGCACAGGCUGUACAGGAUGCACACAACUGGUCUGUUUCUCAGCGUGCUAGUGACAAUUAG